AAAUGCUUCCUUGAUAUCCAAUGUUCUUGGCCAACGGUUGAAAGUAUCCGUAGAAUGUAUCGCUGAAGGAAUGAAUCGAACGAUUGCAACGUCAACUCCUUCAGCUUGCUUCUCUACUGUUAUCAAUGGCUCCUCGUUGCGACUCAAAUUGAACCCUAAAGCCAUGGUUAUUACCAUGAAAGACCGAAGCAAGAACCGGAAGCCGCUGCAGAAAGGCAGGAACCUUAGCAUCGAAGCGAUUCAAGCGGUGCAGUCGUUGAAGCGAGCCAACCGCAACGUUUCCAACACUUCGCUCUCGGAAUUGGAGCGCGUCUUCGACUCCAAGUUCCGGCGAUUAUUGAAGUUCGAUAUGGUGGCCGUUCUCCGGGAACUCCUCCGUCAAAACGAAUGCCUUUUGGCUCUCAAGGUGUUCGACGAUAUUCGAAAGGAGGUAUGGUACAAGCCUCGGUUGUUAUUAUACACUGAUAUGAUUUCCGUGCUUGCCAGCAAUGGAUUGUUUAAAGAGGUUGAGCUUAUUUACUCGUAUCUAAAAACAGAAAACUCUUUAGAUCCUGAUAUCGUGGGUUUCAAUGCUCUAUUGAAUGCUUUGAUUAGUUUUAAGCUCACUCACCUUGUGAUGGAUUGCUAUGGCUUGAUGAAAGCUGUGGAUUGUGAACCCGAUAGAUCAUCCUUUAGAAUCCUCAUAAAUGGUUUGGAAUCAAUAGGGGAAACUGGGUUAUCUGGGCUUUUAAGGCAAGAUGCUCAGAAAAUCUAUGGUGAAUCUUUGGAGUUCUUGGAGGAGGAAGAAGAGGUCUCAGCUAUUGUAACUAGUCGAUUUGGUCGGAUAAUUGAUUGAUUACGUGUUUGCAAGGUGAUAGUUCGGUCAUUAUUUUCGCCAUAGUUCAUAUUCACUGCAUUAUUAGACUAUAAUAGCAUUCAUUUUGGGUUGUUUUAGAUUGUAACACAGGCAGGAUUUUGGUAGACUAUAAUAGAAUCUUUCUUUUUUU